AUGCUUCAAAUCCACCACUUUCUCUUGGUCAUUCUUUUCUUGACAGCCACCUUUGCGAGCCCCGUUCAGAAAAAACAGAAACGCUCCUUCAAAGUCCCUCGGAUACAACAACACAACUACAAGCCGAAUGGCAAAGCCGCUUAUCGAAGAGCAUUGUUCAAGUUCGGAUUUGGCGAUAUCGAGUUCUUGCCCGGUGGAGAGGUAGCUACGAGAAUCAAAGCAGCAAGCGAGGCCCAGAUCAACAACACGGCAAGCGAGAACGGCGAGACAACUGCCUCACCGACACAGAAUGACGCCCAGUUCCUGUCUCCGGUGAAAAUCGGGGGACAGACUCUGAUCAUGAACUUUGACAGUGGCUCGUCAGACACAUGGGUCUUCAACACCAACCUCCCUACCAAUUCCCAACAAGGCCACACAAUCUACGACCCCAACCAAUCGCCUACCUUCCAAAACACCCUGCAGGGCAGUACCUUUAACAUUUCCUAUGGCGACGGCUCCUCUGCCUCCGGUCCCGUGGGUGUUGAUGAGGUCGACAUCGGCGGCGCCACUGUAUCUGCUCAAGCCAUUGGCCUCCCCAACACCGUGGCCGACAGUUUCGUGACUGACUCUGCGUCAAACGGCCUCGUCGGCCUCGCCUUCUCGCAACUCAACACCAUCCAACCCACCCAACAGAAGACCUUUUUUGACAAUGUCCUCCCAGAUCUCACGCUGCCGGUCUUCACCGCGCAAUUGAAAUCUGGCCAAGUAGGCUCCUACGAGUUUGGCAACAUCGACACCUCGGCCUUCACGGGCCAACUGAGCACCACGCCCGUCGAUUCCUCGAAUGGGUUCUGGGAAGUCGAUUCCACGACCGCCGCCGUGCAAGGCCAAACCGUCAACAUUGCCAACGGCAGAGCAAUCCUCGACACGGGCACCUCGCUCAUGCUCGUGCAGAAUGAAAUGCUCGUCGCAUACUGGAACACCGUGCAAGGUGCACAGCUCUCUCAAAGUGCGGGUGGCAUCAUCUUUCCAUGCAACGCGCAAUUGCCGGAUUUGCAAGUCGCCAUCGGAGCCAAUUAUAUGGCCACCGUUCAGGGGGAUGGGAUGAACUUUGCGAACGUCGGCACGGACACGCAGACCGGCCAGCAAUUUUGCUUCGGCGGUCUUCAGUCCAACCAGGGCCUCCCCUUCGCCAUCUACGGCGACGUCUUCUUCAGGUCUCAAUUCGUCGUCUUUGACGGCUCGGCACCUUCAGUCAGCAUUGCACCGCAUUCUUAG